UAUAGUUGCAAAGCUUGAGACAUUUUGAAAUAAUAGUUCUCUAUAAUUCCCAUGUAGAUGGCACUUCUGUCGAGUUCGACGUACGCUAGUUAAAGCCCCUUGUUGUGAUAUAUAGAAUUGAGGCGAAAGUAGCAUAGCGGUAGCCGUCUAGUACUGCUAAAGUUCUUCGUAUUGCUUAUCUUUUUUAUAUAUUAUAUUGUUAUUACAUGAUAAAGUAACAACAAUGUUAUUAUUUUCUAAAUAAUCGAACAUAUUGAUAAUAAUAAACGUAUAGCCGAAAGAAUUUAAGAUUUUUUUAGGUAAUCUUCGAAAAAAUGAAGUCGAUAUGUGUCUUUGACUCGCGCCAAGUGCUGACCUAAAAGCAGACCUUGAAUGCUUAUAAUACGAGUGUUAUCUGUCACUAUAUAAAGAGAGAAAGAGAGAGAGAGAGAGAGAGAGAGAGAGAGAGAGAGAGAGAGAGAGAGCCGCCGAGCACAUCGAACUAUAACGAUCGUCUGUGCUCUUCGUUAGAGUUUGCUAAUCGUCGUGAAGGUGCGAUGAAGUAAAGCUGGAGGAUGAUGGGCGAUCAGUUUCGUAGUAAAGUGGAGCAGUACUCGCCAAAAUCAUCACCGAGGGGUGCACGUUCCCCUGUUGUUUCUCGUCAAGACUCGACAGGGACCCUCAAAACGACGAUUUCCCUCGGAAAAAAUCCCUCGAUCGUUCACAGUGGUCCUUUUUAUUUAAUGAAAGAACCACCCGGGGAGAGCGAACUUACUGGAGCAACAAAUUUGAUGGCAUAUUAUGGUUUAGAACAUUCCUACAGUAAAUUUAGCGGUAAAAAGCUUAAGGAACAAUUAUCGUCUUUCCUUCCAAAUUUACCUGGUAAUAUAGAUACACCCGGUCAUCAAGACAACAGUUCAUUGAGGUCUGUGAUAGAGAAACCUCCAAUUGGUGGUAAAGAAUUAUUACCAUUGACUAGUGUGCAAUUAGCUGGCUUUAGAUUACAUCCAGGGCCAUUACCGGAACAAUAUAGGUACGUAAAUCAAGCUCCUCAAAGGAAACAUAAGAACAAACAUAAAAAGCAUAAACAUAAACCUGGUGAAAUACCAACGGGCCAAGAGACGGCUACGACGGAUAUUAGUAGUUCGGAUACGCAUGAAAAGAAACAUAAAAAGCAGAAAAGGCACGACGAAGAAAAAGAAGCAAGGAAGAAACGGAAAAAGGAAAAAAAGCGAAAAAAACAAAAGCAUAGCCCCGAGCAUACCGGUGGACUCACUCCUUCUCAGCAUUCCAAUUCGUGAUCUCUAAUCUGUCAAAUUCAAUUUUUACCUAAUUUUUAAUCGAACAUCAUAGUUGAUACAAAUAAGUUAUCUCUAUUUUCAAAUACACAUACAUACAUAUAUAUAUAUAUAUACAUACACACACACACAUAUAAAUGUGUUUCCUAUUUGUAUAUAAUCACAAUUUUGUGAUCCUAGGGAUUUGAUGAUCAAAUUUAUUAAUACAUAACAUUGAAUUUGUUUUGUACAGUUUGAUUGUGUUGUAAUAAGAUAAGUUUCUUAUAACAAUUUAAAAUGUUAAUUAUAAAAUAAGUUUAAAUUAUUUUUGAACGAUA